AUCUGUUCUUAAAUGCUUUAAUUUCCUAAUUAUCACUCGUCUAAUAAAUAUUCAUUAUUGCGUGAUAAGAAAUAAUACACACACGCACUAUCAGCGUGUGAGAUUCACUUUCACAGACUAUGUUGUCUUGUAAAUUUUGGCCAAACGAGAAAAUCAAGCGCGUGUUAUUUUAAUCAAAAGUGUUAACAGAUAUCUUCUCGUCAAGUGUCUCUUUCGCUGCCAAACUCCGGUCGAUAUCUUCAUUUUCCUCCGUGGUCUUUGCAUGGCGUUCGCUCCAAUUCUCCGGCGCGCCUCCGCAGCUAAGAGCCUCUUUUCGUUAUCGAGACCCGCCGUUGUUUCAUCUCCCUCCGUUAGAUCUCUGCAAUCCGGAGCCUCCGGCGAUGAUUGUAGAGUCCCUCCGCCGGAAUCUCCGUCUUCCACGGCUGGGUAUCACGUGAGCUCCGGCGGGUUCAUGCGUGGGGCUGUAUAUCGCGAGCCCAAUCAGCCUCUAACCAUCGAAGAAUUUCACAUUCCUCGACCUAAAGUCAAUGAAAUUCUCAUCAAAACCAAGGCUUGUGGAGUUUGCCACUCCGAUCUUCAUGUGAUGAAAGGAGAGAUACCAUUCGCUAGUCCUUGUGUUAUUGGGCAUGAGAUAACUGGUGAAGUUGUUGAACACGGUCCACUCACUGAUCACAAGAUCAUUAAAAGAUUUCCAAUCGGGUCUCGUGUAGUUGGAGCUUUCAUUAUGCCGUGUGGAACGUGUUCUUAUUGUGCUAAGGGCCACGAUGAUUUAUGUGAAGACUUCUUUGCUUAUAAUAGAGCCAAAGGAACUCUUUACGAUGGCCAAACUCGUCUGUUUUUGCGACAUGAUGAUUCACCAGUGUAUAUGUACAGUAUGGGAGGGAUGGCUGAGUACUGUGUCACACCAGCUCACGGAUUAACUCCUCUACCAGAGUCUCUGCCCUACACUGAAUCUGCGAUUCUAGGUUGUGCUGUUUUUACAGCAUAUGGUGCUAUGGCUCAUGCUGCUGAGAUCCGUCCUGGAGAUUCUAUCGCAGUAAUUGGAAUUGGUGGUGUUGGCUCCAGUUGUUUGCAGAUAGCGAGGGCUUUUGGAGCCUCUGACAUUAUUGCCGUGGAUGUUCAGGAUGAUAAACUGCAAAAGGCCAAGACCCUUGGUGCUACUCAUAUUGUCAACGCUGCCAAGGAAGAUGCUGUUGAAAGAAUAAGAGAAAUAACUGGUGGGAUGGGUGUUGAUGUUGCUGUUGAAGCCUUGGGAAAGCCUCAAACUUUCAUGCAGUGCACACUAAGUGUGAAAGAUGGUGGAAAAGCUGUGAUGAUUGGACUCUCACAAGCCGGCUCUGUUGGAGAAGUAGACAUAAACCGACUUGUUCGUAGGAAGAUCAAAGUAAUAGGUUCAUAUGGAGGAAGGGCAAGACAAGAUCUUCCUAAAGUAGUGAAAUUGGCAGAGUCAGGGAUUUUUAAUCUAUCAAACGCGGUUUCAAGUAAAUACAAGUUUGAAGAUGCAGGGAAAGCAUUUCAAGAUCUCAACGAAGGAAAAAUCGUGAGCCGAGGUGUUGUUGAGAUUCUGUAAACUAAAGUGCUUUGAUUAACGUUUGGUAAUGAAUGCUUCAUACCUUAUUUCACUGAGGUCUUUUUUAGUUAGUUGCUAUAACCUUCAGAAAAAGUUCAUUGUUAUCUGAUUUUUGAAGCUUACUUGGGUCUGCUUCAAUGUUCAUAGCAAUGUCCUCUUAGUCGUCCUUUUUGAACCUUGUUACUGAGUAUCAAUAAAGGUGAAUUAUGUA